AUGUUUAUGGCAAGAUCGGAAUACGACCGGGGCAUCAACACAUUCUCCCCCGAAGGCCGCCUGUUCCAAGUCGAGUACUCGCUCGAGGCCAUCAAGCUCGGCUCGACCGCGAUCGGCGUGGCCACGUCGGAGGGCGUGAUCCUGGGCGUCGAGAAGCGGGUGACGUCGACGCUGCUGGAGACGUCGUCGGUCGAGAAGAUCGUCGAGAUCGACCGGCACAUCGGGUGCGCCAUGUCGGGCCUGCAGGCGGACGCGCGGUCGAUGGUGGAGCACGCGCGCAUCGAGUGCCAGUCGCACGCCUUCAACUACAACGAGCCGCUGCGCGUCGAGAGCUGCACGCAGGCCAUCUGCGACCUGGCCCUGCGCUUCGGCGAGUCGGCCGACGGCGAGGAGAGCGUCAUGAGCCGCCCCUUCGGCGUCGCCCUACUAAUCGCCGGCUACGACGAGGACGGGCCGUCGCUCUACCACGCCGAGCCGUCCGGCACCUUCUACCGCUACGACGCCAAGGCCAUCGGCAGCGGGAGCGAGGGCGCCCAGGCCGAGCUGCAGAACGAGUAUCACAAGUCCCUCACCAUCGCCGACGCCGAGACGCUGGUGCUCAAGACGCUCAAGCAGGUCAUGGAGGAGAAGCUGGACGCCAAGAACGUGCAAUUGGCCAGCGUCACCAAGGAGCGCGGCUUCAGAAUAUACACAGACGAGGAGAUGGCCGCCGUCGUCGAGAGGCUGCCGGCUAACUGAUCUAUCUACAUGUUAGACUUAAUAAAAGACGUGGGGUACGAGAACUCCCAGAGGAAGAGAUGGCAGGGAAGAUAAACAUGCAGCCCUGCCGAUGGUUUAGCCUCCC